CAACGACGACGACGACGACGACGAAGAUGAUGGUUGGAGUAAUAAGGGAUUAUUAAAAGACAGCAUUACGCCCAAUGAAAAUGGGCCUGAAAAUGUAGCAGCGGCUCUUGAAAAAUUGCUGAAUAGAGUGAACGCUAUGGUUUCUAAUCUAUUAAAAUCAGUAACUAAAUCCGGUAAUAGAAAUCCCAAAACUCCGUUAUCACCCAUCAAUGAUAGUUCGAAGAUCUUGAAGAUUCGUAAACUUCUCAAAUCUCUUUUGAAUAAUCCCUCAAGUACUCUGCCACUUUCCCAGGUUGUCACUGGUCUACGUGUACAAGAUGUCAUACAGGCUUUGAAGAGUCUAAAUUCGCCUACUGGCAAUUUAAAAAGCACUAGUAGUCCCAGUAAUAUUGCAAAUUUGAAUUCAAACCAGGGCACAAUUACAAUAGAUGAAACGGAAACACCGAUUGUAGAUUAUGAAGGAAAUUAUUAUACUUUGCGACGAGGAAAUUAUGAGCUCGCGCCAUCAUCGGGUAAACCUAUUUCCGGACGCUAUCUUAUCGAUGAUAUAUCGUCUGUCGCCUAUUCUGACGGUUCUAUACGCACAAUUAAAUCUGGUCAUUUUACUCAAACUUCUAAAAGAUUUGAUAAUUCAGCUCCCAAUUCUAUUAGUGAUUUGAGUCAAAAUUAUGAUGAAAGUACCAGUCCAAGUUCAAGUACACAAAGUGAUAACGAAGGAGAAGCAUAUGUUUCUAACAAUAAUUUGAACAGACAGGAUGAAUCCGAAAUGGAAAGAUUGAUAAAAUUCGUUACAUCUAUGGAUGCCACAAGUGAAUCGUCUUCAUCCACUGAUCCAAAUUCUUGGUCACCAGCUGAUGGCGAUAGUACUAGUUCCUCCAGUUUAAGUUCUUCAACAACCAGUACAAGUAGCGGCAUUCCGGAAUACUUAAUACCUGAUUUUAUGCCGACACAGAAAAUUUCAAAACUUAUUGAAGAACUUUCUUCAUUGCUUUCUUCUUUGAGUAAUCCUAAUUCUUCAUCGGGACCUUCAAGCUCUUCAACUUUUAGCUCAUCCACUAAUUCUUAUCCUAUGAAUAGUGGAUUACCGAGUAGCACUGUAGCUGAACUUCAAAAAUUAUUAACAAUUUUAAGUACCCUGCAAUCAUCAAUAGCCAAAUCAUCCUCAUCGAGUGCGAGUUUCUCAUUCAAUAACGAAAAUUCCGGAUCACCCCAAUAUACUAGCUCUGCUACUUCAGAUGCUGAAUCUCAAUCAUCCAGUACUGAUCCCUCAUCAGAAUCACAAAUUUCCUCCCCACUUAUCCAACUGAACAAUUCACCCUUGGGUUCAUCCUCUGGAAAAUUUCCAAGUUCGCCAUUAUAUCCAGGACUAGACAAGUUACAGAUAAACAGCGGCCAUGACACACGGGUUAUUAUAACACCUGGUUGUUCAAAACUAACUGACAUCCCAUCUUCAGAUUCUAUAUCUGAUGGCACUUCUGCAUCAUCUGGAACAUCCUCAUCUGAUUUAUCUUCAUCCACUUCAACUUCAUCUAGUUCAUCUUCAUCGAGCUACCAAAUCGCUGACCCUGCAUCCGGAAAUUCAUUCCCAAGGGAUGAAAUUUCGACUUCGACUUCUGGUUCCUCUGCUAGUUCCAAUAAUCGUUAUCAAGGAUUCGACAUAAACUCUGAUACCGCGGAUUACACAUUGGUACCAGCAUCUGUCGAUGGGUCGUCAGGAUUUGCUUCCGGACAUCCGCCAAGAAUUGCUUCGGCGAUCCAUGGAUUCUACUAAAUGAUUCCGAAGGAACCGGGAAGAUAUGGAAAAUUUCUUCGAGCAAUUUUAAUGACGACGACUUCGACCAUUUAGAACAAUGCGGUUGUAUCGAUGAUUAACCUAAUCCGGCAGCUAUUUCUUUCGUGUCUUGUACUACCUCAUGUGAACCUAAUGCAUAAAUAAUCUUUUUCUUGAGCAUAUAAAAAUAUGUAUUAUGUAAAAAGUGACUGUUUCCCUGAAAAAUGCAAUAAAACAAAAAAAUAACUGUACCAAUUCAA